GGCGCGGGGGCGGGGAACAGCACUCCUGAGGGGUGUGGCUCGGGGGUGGAGCCCCAGUACUUUGCGCUGUGUGACCUGGGCGCGGUGUGGGGCGUGGUGGUGGAGGCGUUCGCGGCGGGGGGCGUGGUGAGUGCCCUCAUGCUGACACUCGUCCUGCUGGCCAGCCUGCCGUUCGCGGCCGGGAAGCGGAGGGGCGUGGUCGGGCUGCAGGCCGGCUUCCUGCUGGCCACGCUGGGCCUGUUUGGAUUGGCUUUCGCCUGUGUGGUGGGGCGGGGCUUCGCCACCUGCGUGGCGCGGCGCUUCCUGUUUGGCGUGCUGUUCGGCGCCAGCUUCUCCUGCCUGCUGGUGCACGCGGCGGCCCUGAGCUCCCUCGCGCGGCGGGACUGGCGACCGGGCGGCGGCUGGCUCUGCCUCGCCGCUCUGGCACUCUGGCUGGUGGAGGUCGUCAUUAACACGGAGUGGCUGAUCGUUACCGUGGUGAGGAGCCCGCCCCUGAACUCCACGGUUCCCGCGCCCUGCGCCAUCGCUAACUGGGACUUCGUGGCGGCGCUGGUGUACGUGAUGGUGCUGCUGCUGGCGGCCAUGUUGGCCACCGUCCCCGCGCUGGCGGGGAAGCAGCCGGCCUGGCGGCGCGACGCGGCCUUCAUCCUCCUCACGGGCCUCCUGUCCGCCGCCAUCUGGGCCGCCUGGGCCGCCAUGUACGUCUACGGCAACCGUCGCCACGGCGACCCCAGCUGGGACGACCCCACCCUGGCCAUCGCCCUGGUGACGGACGGCUGGGUGUUCCUGCUGCUGUAUGCCGUGCCGCAGAUCUGUGCGCUCACGGACCAGGGGGCGGAGCCUCCAGCGUACGGGGCGGAGCUGUACCCCCCCCCGCCCCGCGGGGUCGGGUACGAGACCAUCCUGAAGGAGCAACAGGCCGCUCAGACCAUGUACAUGGAGAACAAGGCCUUCUCUAUGGAGGAGCCCAAUACAGCUCAGAAGCCGGUCUCUCCCUACAGUGGCUACACGGGGCAGCUGCGUAGCUCUGUGUACCAGCCGACUGAGCUGGCCCUGAUCACCAAAGGAGUGGGGAGUCAGGUGGAUCUCUCCUAUGAGGCGGUUUUCCCUCGAGCCCACAGGAGCAGCCCCUCCCCCCCGCCACACCGCAGCCCCCCCAGCAAUGGUAACGGCCUGCACCGGACACCUCAGUGGUGAUUUGAUCCGGUCCGGUCCGGUCUGAUCCAGUCUGGUCCUGUCCGAUCCAGUCUGGUCCUGUCUGGUCCUGUCCGAUCCAGUCUGGUCCUGUC